AGGGGAGGAGGGUGACGGACUAGAACGUUCACCCGCAGCACAGACAUCACAUCUUUUCUUCCUUGCCCUAUUCGCUUUCAUGUCCCAUUACUUUCAGCUCUUAGGCUCCGACACGCCCAACGGGUACGGCGGGUGCUGUUACUACGGCCCGUUGGACCACCCCGCCUUCCGAGAGCCCACCACCGCUUCUCCUGCUUCCUCCGCCGCGACUCUGGCGCUGCGUCACGCCGAGGAUGGCGCUUCGCUGCGCAGUACGGCAGUGGCAGCCGUUGGGACACGGCAAGACGAGACGACUUCGUUAUUACUCUCACGGUCUCCUGACACCACCGAGAGCCCAUCGAUGGACUGCAGGUCUGAACUUCUCAACCCGACGGAGGCAACGGAGUCGUCUCCGCCGCCGCCCCACGCAGAGAGUGCAGGGAGCGACGGCAGCACCACCGCAACGACCGCGCGACCGGCGUGGAAUUGGUCUGCGCACUUGUACGCACCACGACCUACCUGGCCUACCACAGGCCCGCUGCACCGCGCAGCUCUUUUUCAAUCAGCACCUCCGUCGACGUCGUCCUCGUCCGCCGCCGCCGCCGCAGCUCCACCGGUCACGGCGGACACCGGCUCGAGCGGCAGCGAGGGCUACAUCUUCUUCAACUGUCCGGAAGGGACACAGCGGUUCAGCUCGGAGGCGAACAUCAAGCUGAAAAAGGUCCGCUGCUUUUGUUUUACGCGUUGGAGCAGCAGCGGUGCCGUCGGUGGGCGGUCGAGUACGGCGCGGAUGGCAGUCGGGGCCGCCUCUGCCGCGAUGGGGCUGCCCGGGAUGCUCUUCACGAUCAACGAUGCGGGGUCUCGGCAGGCCACCUUUUUCGGGCCGAGCGUGGGCGUUGACCACCCGCGACGCACCGCCUGUACCGCUGCCGUGUCCACGACGGCGUCUGCACGGGCCGCGGGUGCGUCUGCCCCGUCGGAGGGCCUCCGCGGCUUUCUGACCGCCUUGCGCUUUCAUUACUUUCAGCAUCGGCCGAUGUUGUUCCGGCAGCUGCACGGUGUGUGGGCCGGUGCGGGGGUGUCUUUGCCGUCUGACGGAGCUGGCGCUGCUCUCGUAAGGGGCGCCACGGCCACGGCAGCGACGCCGGGGAACGAAGUUUGCUUCAUGGAGGUGGCUGCAGAGGAGGGCACGGAGGCUUCCUCGGCGGAGCCGUUCUUCUACGCCACCAUCCCUCUCAGUGCGCAAAGCCUCCUCGUGGCGUUUCGCAUCUCUGGCGGUGCUGCUCAGCGCGAGAGCGCGUCAACAAACAUCGCGGCGGAGGCUGCGGCCUCCUCCUCCGUCAACGGUCCCGCGAAUGGGCUGCGACACAACACCGAUGCGCCGAACAGCGAAUGGAGAAAGGAGGAGGAAACGUCAGUGGACAGCGCGCAGCUCUCCGCGCCGUCAGCCGUGUUCACACUUUGCAACGGAGCAGGGACAGAAGAAGACGGAGACGGCCACAAUGACGACGGUGAGGACAAACGGGAGGAGCGGCGCCGCGAUCGUGCUCGCUGCAGUGAAGCGCAUUACUCGCUGCCAGACAGCAGUACUGUGGUGCUCGGCUACGCCAUUGUCGUCGCGCCAGGUACCGCCUUCGACGUGGCCAAGGCACGCGCUCUCGGUGUGCGGUCGGGCCCCAAGUACGGACAGUUAAAGCAGGGCCUUUCCGUGGAGGCGGAUGCGGACGACACGACGGCAGAGUCGAAGUCCCGGAAAAAGACGACGACGAGCGAUGGCGACCCGGUAUUCGCAGCGAGUGUCGCAAUGGAGGCCUCUGUAGCGUCGAACGCCACCGUCCCGCCCGCGUCGUCAUCGCUUGCGUCUGCGGCCGCGCUGUCUGUCAUCGCUGCUGCUGCUGCUCCUGCUGCUGCUGCUGCUGCUGCUGCUGCAAAGGAACAGACCGCGUUGUCGUCGUGCACACACGCAGAGAACGUCUCGUCUGGCGCCACCGCUACAGCUCGGUGGGUGCACCCUUAUCAGGUCAUGCGACCCACCGCCGCUACUAAGCACGCGUACGUGUCUCUUGUGCUGGACGGUGAUGCACCGCAGGAUGUGCGGCGAGCUCUGGAGCGUCUCCUCGGCCGGCAGCACACGUGUGCGAGCGGCGAGAGUGGCCGAGACUCCGAGGGCGGGGCGUUGUGGCAGCUACUGCGUUCUCAGUUUCCGCGUUUGGCAUUUUACCACACGGAGGAGGAUGAUACAACGCCGAUUUCAGCGGGGAAGUCGGCCCCGUGCGGGAAAGAUUGGAAACGGCAUCCUCGUCAGCUCACGGUGCGGCACGUCACGCAUGUGCAGCCGGCCUCGUACUUCGCGGAGUUUCGGCGCUCCGCGGCGCAGCAACCGCGGCCGACUUCACACAAGGACAAGGUUGACGGUCCCACAGAGGAGAGUGCCCACGGCACGCAAGUGAAUGACGUCUACGCGGCGUACAACUCCUACAUCUUUGCGACUACCGCUGCGACAGCUUUUGAAGACGUUGACAGCGAAGCGUCGAAUAAAGCAGGGCAGGCGCAGGUGAGUCUCUCUCCCUCCCUUUCAUACACCUUGAACGACCUCGUAGAUGACAACGACGAUGCAACGGGGGAGGCAGGAUCAGCCAGCACAACAUCGAACCCGUUGCGGCCUCCACCGCGUCGCACGUGGCACCUCUUUACCAGCUACGUUCAGCGACACUUUGCCGCCUUCCCCACAGCGCUCGUACAUCGUUACCACCUCCAUCACCUUGCACCGACGCUGUUCCCGCUGCACGGAAGCAACCAGUCCGCCGUCCGCAAUCCCGCGCUACGCGAAAACAACGGCGAGGCCGCCGUAUGGACCUUUCCGAAGACCGACAACGACGGCUCCGUGGAGGAACAACCCGCCACCGAGUACUGGCCCUACUCCCUGAAGCUGCGCUGCAUUCCGGAGACCGCCCUGCAACUUCCAAGUGGCCGGCAAAUCGACAAGCGUGGGUCGCAGGCGGCAGCUCAUCGGCCGCACCCCUCGUCGGACAUGAAGAGAAGCGAUGAGGCACCACAAACAGCAGCAGCAGUCGGUUCAACGACACCCGCGCCGCCACAGAAGCGGACGAAGAAUGAAACGCCCGAUGAAAGUACGUCUCCUCACGAAAGCAAAGCCGCCGCGCCACUAUCCUCAUCCGCAGCACAUCGCUACCGGCACGCCAACGACGGCGAUCACACACACAACGUGUGUAUGUCAGCACCACCAACGAAAACUAGGGCAACGCAGGGGAGUAAGGACACGAAGCUCGCCCCACGCCAUUUAGCGGUGAUCGAUGGACUAGACUCACUUCUCCCUUACCCGACCCCGGCCUCGGCGCUGGCUCUCCUGUCGGACAGCUUCUUAGCUUCUCUAAAGCCACCGUCGUUGCGGCAGGCGCUGAUGCCCAGUGCAGCGUCAAUGGCGGCUCCGCAGUCUUCCUGUAAUGGCGGUGACGGCGAUGGUGAUCAUCAUCCGUCGGUUGAUGGGCUUGCAGGUGAAAGGGGCAGCGAUUGCAUGAAUGGUGGUGACGGAGGCGGCGCGCUGGGGUUUCUCGGGACGGGCUCCGCAGUGCCCAGCAAGUACCGCAACGUCAGCGGGGCAUACCUCGAACUACACCUCCCUUGCUGCUGCUUCGGUGAGCCCGGCGACGUCUGGGCGGCGGCAGCAACAGGGAGAGAGAGCGGUGGUGGAAGGCAAGAGGCGGGCUGCAUGGACCAUCCUGCCUUGUCGCACACGCGCCUCGCGCCGUCAACGUCGUCUGGGCCUGCUUCUCCCUCCUCCUCCUCCGCCGCCGCCACAGAGCUGCGGCGAGGCGUUAUUCUCCUCGACUUUGGCGAAGGCAGUGCCGGCCAGCUGGCGUCGUUAUGUAACGGGGCGCGAGAGGGGGUGCGGGGGAAGCAGCACAGCGCUCCACUUCUCGGCGGCGAGCACGCCUUCGCCCACGACACAGAAGAUGGGGACCGCCAGAGGCGAUCAUUGAAAGCGGAUGCGGGCGCGGCGGCCACAGCAACGACCCCUCCUCCACAUACCACACGACGCGGGCCCACUGCAACGGCGUGGGAGGGCGACAGGGAUGAUCAGUUACGCCGGUUUGUGCUGGACGUUGUACUCGUUUUCAUAUCCCACGCACACGCUGAUCAUCACCUGGGGCUCCUCUCCUUCCUAACGCUGCGCCACCGUUACUUGUCUGAGCAGCAACGCACGCAGUCCGGCGGCGUCGCAAAGCUGCUCGUUGUGUGCCCGACGGAGGUGUAUCAGUUUGUGAUGGAUGCGUGGGGCAGCACGGCGCCCUAUGACAGCUGGCUGCAUGAGGAAUGCGCAUUCGAGCUGCUGCCGCCGCCGCUGGGUCGGGUGUCGAGUACUACGACCGCGACUGCAUCCGCAGAAACGACCGGGGAGCGCAACGAAGACCAAGAUUGCCUUGGUUCGAAGGACACACCUCGGUCUGGUGAUCGCCUCGGCGGACGGCUGAGUUGUGGCGACUGCAGCGCCACCGAUGGGUUUUUGCCUCCCCGGUGCUAUCACGGCCACCGCGUCAUGAACGCCGGUUUCGAGCAGCAGCAGCAGCAGCACGUAGUGCAGGUGCCGCUUCUCCAGGCACAGCUCAGGAAGUGGAGCAGCUGCAUUUCGCGCCACCGCAAGGCGCGACCUCAAACGUGUCUCGAGGAUGAAGAGGCAAGUUGCCUUCCUGAAUGCGCUACGGAAGGGGGCGACAGUGGCGAAGCCUCUGCGCCGGCGACAGGGCGAUCAGAGCUGAGGACCGAAAAGCGGUGGUGGGAUGCGGAGGUUAUCACCGUGGAUCACCCAGCGAACGCACACGCACUGCUGCUGCGAUUUCCUUACCGUACGGCGACCUCCGUGGCUGCUGCAACACCGACGCUGCCGGCGGAGACGCGCACACGCGGCGUACUGCCCGACACGUCGCGCGUGUUUUUGUUUUCCGGCGACACCCGGCCCUCUCCGUUUCUGGUCGAGCGGAGUCGAACCUUCACAGAAGCAGCUGACACCGCAACGACAUCAACAACACGAAGCCGCAGCACGACGUCUGCCGACCCGACCGCGCAGCCCGCGGUGUUUAUUCUCCUCCAUGAAGCCACGUUUGGUCCGGGGUUUGAGGACGAGGCGGUCCGUAAGAAGCACUCGACGCUGCCCGAGGCGUUGGAGGUUGGCGCGGCGGUGUCGGCGGAGUUCAUCGUAUUGAAUCACUUUUCGCAGCGCUAUCCGAAGCUGCCGGGGCUGUCCGAAGCGCAGCUGGGUGGGCGCUCGACGGAGCUCGUGUGUCAGCGCCGACCGCGCUCGAGCACGGCGACUACCCUCGUUCUCCCCCCACCUUCUUCUUCCUCUUCUACCGUUUCCGCAGAGUUGAAGACGCUGCAGUCCGUGACGAGUGAAGUGAACGUGCAGGCCGCUGAAAAGGAGAUGGAGGGCCGCGUGGAGCCGCGCUCACAAGAGGCACGGAGCGUCCACGAAGGAGCGGAAGAAGAUGCCGAUGAUCAACAGGAGCAACAGCCACAAGACGAACAGACGGCAGGAUCCGCAACGGCGGACACGACCGUGCCGCCGUCCACGUCGCUCUACGCGAACAUGUCCUUCGCCUUUGAUCUCAUGUCGGUCUCGUUCACCGAUAUGCAUCGCGGUGUGGUGCCCCGGCUAACGCCAGCGCUGGUGCGGUUGCUGGAGGAGUACGACUCGUGGGGCGUCGGCACCACCCAUCGCAUGCGCAAUUCCCGCGCCGGCGAUCACCGCCGCGACAGCAACAGAGGCGGUGGUGGUGGUGGUGGUGAUCAACACGGCAAGAAGGAGAAGAGGAAGUAG